AAAUUAUAUAAAAUUAUAUAAAGUGCAUAGUGUGUAAUUAAAAUUUUUUUUUAAGAUUAAUUAAUAAAAAUAAAUAAAUGAGACUGGAGAAAAAAUGAUCUAACCAAUCGCAGUUUGCAGUCUACAAGUACACAUGUAGACCAACCAAUUAAAUGUUAGCGGAUACCGAGUCAGGAAGUGAAGGGCGGAGCUUCACAGGCAGCGCGAGUCACAGGAGCAUUCCAAAAUCCUUCAUUAAACCCUAGACCAGUGCCCUUCACCCCCACGGGUCACACCUAGUGCACUACACAUGGUCCUGAGAGCGGUUUGGGACGCGCCCACUCAUUCACAUGGCGAGGAAGACAACAUGUUAAAUCUCUUUAUAGCGCUGAUGAUUGCUGUAUGAAUUCAUCUGAAGUCUGUGUGGUCAGGAUGGAGUCCACUGCGUUACCUCACUGGGAGAUGAGUCUGUACUGGAUCCUGUCCUUCACCUCUCAUCUCUACUCCUUCUACCAGCUUCACCUGUUCUCCAAAGAGCAUGAGGAGAGUUUGGACAGAGACGGUCAGCUGGAGAGAAGUGUCUUCAUCCAGAGCAGUAAAAAGGAUGCUGCUGACUUUGAGUGGAGUUUCUGGAGUGAGUGGGCGUGGCGUUCUCUCCUCUGGUCACUGAUUGGUCAUGGUGUAGUGUCCCAGCUGUCCAGUGUGUGUAUGCCUCAGUUGAGAAAGGCUGUCCUCACAGUGUAUGGUGUUCUCUGUGCCUGGUGCCUCCUUGGUUCGAGGGGCGUAGCCGUUCUAAUGCUUCACCUGGGCAUUUCAUUGGCUGUUGCUCAGCUGCAGAACCCCGCCCUUUCCUGGGGCUGCUCUCUGUUACUGCUUUUUACACUACACAUCAGCAGCGUGCAGGACAUACAGCGAGGCUGGUACGACUCAGAUGAGAACUAUUAUCUCCUGAUGUUCAGCAUUGCAAUGUGUGUGUUACGCUGUGUCAGCUUCAGCCUGGAGCUGUGCUGGAGCCCUCUGCAGGUCAGAGGAACAGAUCAUGGCUUCUCUUUUCUCAACUUCACAACAUUUCUAACACAACUCUACCACCUGGUCUCCUACUGCUUCUAUCAUCCACUCUUCUACAACGGACCCAUCAUUAACUACAACCAUUUCAGACAGGAGAUGGACAGUGCAGUGUGUAAAGUGUCCCUGUCCCUGAUGUUGGGCUGGACGUUGCGUGUGUGUGUGUGGUGGUGUUUAGCUGAGGUUAUGAUCCACUUCAUGUAUAUACACAGCAUCCAGAACAACGAGACCUACCUCAUCAUGCUCCCCCCCUGGGCUCUGGGAGGUCUGGCCCUGGCUAUAGUACAGUUUUUCUAUGUGAAGUAUUUGGUGUUGUAUGGUGUUGCGUCUUUGCUGAUGAAGUUGGAUGGUGUUGAAACUCCUCCUCUACCUCGCUGUGUGAGCACCAUGUAUAGCUUCCAAGGGAUGUGGAGGCACUUUGAUGUGGGACUGUACAGGUGGCUCAUCAGGUAUGUGUAUGUUCCUUUGGGAGGGUCUCAGCAUGGGCUUUUCCAGAAGCUUAUCUCCAUGGCGAUGACGUUCAGCUUUGUGUGUUUGUGGCAUGGUUGCCAUGACUACCUACAGUGCUGGGCCCUGCUCAACUGUGUGUGUGUGUUCAUAGAGAAUAGCAUCAGGCACUUCCUCUGCUGGCCUCCUCUACAUCACACUAUUGUAUAUUCUCUGUCCUUACCCAUGAGGAGGCGUGGCCUUGCGCUUAUCUCUGCUUUUUCCACAGCUAUGUUAAUUCUGUCCAAUCUGGUGUUUCUCGGAGGAAUUCACAUUGGCCAUGUGUAUUGGGAGAGGGUUUUCAUGCAAGGCUGGUCCAUCAUGGCACUUCCUGUACUUGGGUGUCUGUACUGCUUUGCGCAGGUUGGACUGGAGAUGGACAGAAAGACGUGAAGACUGGGGUGUGGCCAGCCGGGGUGGGGUCAGGGGGUAUUUCUGGACUGUCCCUCACACUCACCUGUCUCUGGUUCAGCAGAGGGUCAGUGCAGCACUGAAGUCUAGGACUUUCUUCAUUAAUGUUUUUUAUUGUUCAUGUCAUCUGCAUUAAUCUCAUCUCAAUCUCCUGACCUUUAUAAACACUAAUUAUUCUUUAACUCGUAUUGUGCUUUAAUGUAGCAAUGCAGAUACUGCUGUAAUUUAUUCAUGUUUAUAUGAUUUAUUAAAACACACAUCACUUAUAAAUGAGAACACACACACACUCUCUCUCUCUCUCUCUCUCUCUCUCUCACCC